GAUUUCUGCGAGAAGCAGCUCUGGUAUUCUGUUCUCUACCCCAUUUCCUUCAGUUCUUCAGCUGCUGGUAGACUUAGAAAAGGGGGAAAAGUUUCUCUCUUUGUGUUCCUCUGGGCUGGAUCAGUCUGUUACUGUGGUAGUGCUGUGGGACGAACUACUGUGAUCUUGCGGUGUAAAGGAUAUAUUCCUAGGUUCGUGUUGCUGACAGGUAGGGAUGAGAUCCCGAAACCAAGGUGGAGAAAGCCCGUCUAACGGGCGCUUCUCCAGUGCCAAGCCUGUCAUCGGCCACGCAGAGAACGAAAAAAUUCAGGAUGAUGCCAAGAAAAAGAACAAACCUCAUCAGAAGGAAGAUGAGGUCAUGGUUUCAGCAACUGUCAAACGGCACUCAAAAUCACCUGGACCUACUGAACGAAAGAACAAGAAAUCCAUAGAACUUUCUAAAGAGGACUUGAUAAAACUCCUCAGUAUAAUGGAAGGAGAACUGCAGGCAAGGGAGGAUGUGAUCCACAUGCUGAAGACAGAGAAAACCAAACCUGAAGUUUUAGAAGCUCAUUAUGGAUCUGCAGCUCCAGAGAAUGUGCUCCGAGUGUUACACAGGGAUGCCAUCCUUGCCCAAGAAAAGUCUAUAGGGGAAGAUGUCUAUGAGAAACCGAUUUCAGAGCUGGACAGACUUGAAGAAAAGCAGAAGGAGACAUAUCGACGCAUGUUGGAACAGCUCCUGUUGGCAGAAAAGUGCCAUCGCCGCACAGUUUAUGAGCUAGAAAAUGAGAAACAUAAACAUACAGAUUACAUGAACAAGAGCGAUGACUUUACCAACCUCUUGGAACAGGAGCGGGAGAG